UAAUAUACUAAUUAAGUACCUACCAAAAAUUAUUUUGUUACUUUUUAUAGUUACACAUCAUUUCAAUCUUAUUCCCCACAUUUUAUAAAGUAAAAUAAAUUAAAUUCAAAAUCCCAAAUUGACAAUCGGAUCGAAAACUCCGGCAACUCAAUCAGCUCCGAUCAGUCGAACUCCGACAUCAAUCCGCCAGCGAAGAGUAUUGCUCCGUCGUAGUCGCCGCCGUAGAAGCAAUGAAUAGCCGGAAUUCAACCAACCGGCUAUCGCCCACCUCCAAUUUCGGAUCUCGAAUUUCAUUUUUAAUGCUCUCUAUGUUCUCUACAAUGGCUGCUCUUUAUGUCGCCGGCAGGUUGUGGCUGGACUCGGAGAAUAGGGUAUAUCUAAUUCAAGAGCUUGAUAGGAGAACGGGACAGGGCCGUUCGGCUAUAUCAGUAGAUGAUACACUGAAGAUCAUAACCUGCAGGGAACAACAGAAGAGGCUAGCUGCACUCCAGAUGGAACUGGGCAAAGCCAGUCAGGAAGGUUUUGUGUCAAAGCAUCUACUGGGUAACAAUGAGAAAGAUUCAAAGAAAAAGCUUCUAGCUGUUGUAGGUGUCUCUACAAAUUUUGGCAACAAGAAAAACAGAGAUGCGAUUCGCAAAGCAUGGAUGCCCACUGGUACUGCUCUUAAAAAGUUAGAGGAGAAAGGUAUCGUAAUUCGAUUCGUAAUAGGGAGAAGUUCAAAUCGCGGAGACAGUUCAGAUAGAGCCAUUGAUGAUGAGAGCAGACAUUCGAAUGACUUCAUCAUUCUUAAUGAUCAUGUGGAGUCCUCUCAAGAGCAAUCAAAGAAGACAAAGUUAUUUUUUGCUCAUGCUGUUGAUCAUUGGGAUGCUGAAUUUUAUGCCAAGGUCAACGACAAUGUCUAUAUUAAUUUAGAUGCUGUUGGAGCUGUACUUGCCAGCUAUUUGGAUAAGCCACGUGUGUACAUAGGGUGUAUGAAAUCUGGCGAAGUUUUUUCGCAGCCGGGACAGAAAUGGUAUGAGCCAGAGUGGUGGAAAUUUGGGGAUAAAAAAUCAUACUUCAGACAUGCUUCCGGUGAAAUAUUUGCCAUAUCGAAGGCCUUGGCUCAAUUUAUUUCUAUCAACAGAUCAAUACUUCGCACAUAUGCUCAUGAUGAUGUGAGUGCUGGAUCCUGGUUCAUCGGCCUUGAUGUGAAGCAUGUUGAUGAAGGGAAGUUCUGCUGCUCUUCCUGGUCUUCAGGGUCUGUAUGCGCAACAGCUUGAUUGGGAUCGCCUUUUUUUGUACAUAUGGAGAAUCAGUCACUGGAGAUAAUUCAAUUUGUGAAGACCAUAUCAUUUUUGCUGCAAUUUGCUUUGGUGCCUUGGACAAAGUUGAUUGAAGUUUUCGAUUCCAAUAGUGAAGAGCACACCUUACUUCUGGACUCCACCGUGCCCCGAGGAAUGUAUACAGGGUUCUUGAAGGUGUAGGCACCAUAGAAAAGUUCUUUGUACAAUGAUGUAUUCAUAGAGUGCACAUUGUCCAUUAUUUAAUCAUGUACUGUCGAUUUUAUUUUUCUAAAGAUACAGAGUUCAUUGAACUAAGUUGGGAUGUAGAAUCACUUAAGUUUGCUUGCAUAGCAAUUUUAAAUAUGACAUAUCACCUCAUUUACAAGCUUAAAUGGUUACCCCCAUGUGACCAGGAAGUCAGGGGUUCAAGCCUUGGAAACAACUUUAGCCAUGGAAACAACUUUUGAUAGUCAGACCCUUCUCCAAAUCCUGCGCAUAGUGGGAGUUUUGUCCCUUUUCCUUGAGGAAGCAGAUGCAUACUACGUACUAGAAGAUGGUUAAAAGGUGACAAAUGCUGCACCAACAGUGUUCAAGUAGCACUGCCUAACUAAUACAAAGAGUCAGAGACUAUAGCUAACGAGCAACUAUCAACUUUUCCAUAUUUUACUCCCCAUUCCACUAGCCCAAGCUAACUAGGAUAAGAAAUUAAUGGCUGCAAACAUUAGGUUUAAGACUUCCUCUAAAGUGUACUUCCUAAACAAUUAGUGUCACACAAGUAGCAGUCGACAUGGUGAAUUUGUUCAAGACUAUGUACUAUUUCUUUACUGCCAUAUAUAGUAAACGGGUCUGCCCAUUGCCAUUCAGAAUACUCAGCAGUGACAACCUUCGCUUUGCAAUGUGUUACAACCCAGCCAAGUUCUGCUUUUUCUUAUCCCUUGCCACUGGAGUAACCUUUCUCAUAUAGCUGCUGCAACAUCACACUUAAGAAUAAAGUAUAUACAAAUGGGAUAUGCUCAGUAAUUAUUCUCCCUAUGUAUACUACAUACCAGAAGAUGGCUAAAAGGUGACGAAUGAUGUACCAAAGAGUGUUCAACAAAGUGCAGACAAAUGCUCCUUUAAACAGGAGAGAUCCUUGGAAUAGGGCAUUGGAUGGGCCUCAGAGCCAUCGAGGAGUGGCAAGCAUCCACCACGGUGAGUGAGCUAAGAUCAUUUUAAGGAUUCAUUUUCUAUUACCAAAUAUUCAUUGUAAGUUACUUGAAGAGAGUGAAAUUGUUCGAGCUAAAGCGAAGAGGAAAACAGGUUCAGAGAUGCUCUCGCUAACGCCCUUGACCCUACUAUGGGAUGUAGACACCUAAUUUUGUUUCUUCCAAAUCCAAUUUUAUUCAUUUUUAGCUCACAUUACCAUAUACUCUCAUUCAUGUGAUUCUUAAUAAAAUCCCUAAUAAAUUUUAUAUUAUUUUAAUUAUUCUAACCACUCCCCCAUAUCAAUUUUGGAAAACUCAUCACCACUCCACACCCCUAUACCCUUCCCCACCACGUCACAUCUUUCUUUGCCUCACCCAAAUGAUAUACACAAAUAGAGGGACCCACAGGGAACAUCAUCCACAGAAGACAGUAUAUACAAUAUUCACCAUCACAGAAAAGGGGGAAAUACGCAAAAAUGGAGUCAUACGCAUAAAAGGAGCAGGGACUCCAUUUUUUUUCUUGGGGCUUCUUCUCCAGACGAUACACACACAGAAAUCAAUGUUCUCACAGUACACUAAAUCGCACUCACACACGCACACAAUGAGAGUAAAUCGAAUGUGAAAUUAAAAAAUGGGAGGGAGCUGAUCGGAGAAUUGAAAAACACCGACGGAAAUUGAGAGUUGAUCGGAGAUUGAGAGAGGGAUUAACGCAGCAACAUGAGAGAGAGAGUAAAAUCGUGAGGUUCAAAAAUAGAAACAGUAAGAGAUUGAGGAAGGUGUGCAGGAUCCGGCCGGCAUAGAAGCGUCGCCGGGAUUCGUUACCGCACGUCGGUUAAACCAUCACUGACCCGAAAAUCAUCCUUCUCGCCAUUAAAAGUCAGAACCAGUAACUGAAAUUAGCUGAAAUCGACAUUUGGUGUGAUUUUCCGUUGAGAUUCGGGUUGACUCCGGUGGGAUUUCGAUACAGUUCUUUUCUAGGUUCUUUUUAUAAUUUCUGUCUCGGUUGAGUUAAUAUUCUUCUUCAAUUCUCUUUGGGGGUCGAUUCUGGAUUCAAAUUUGUUCGGAGAAUUUGCGAUAUCAAGUUGGAUCUUUGUCAUGAUUGAGGUACGGUUCGAGGCUAUCGGGAGUGGAUUUCUUUAUUCUAUCAAGCAAUAUUCUUUGAAAGUUGCGAAGUGAGGUCCAUUUCUCAUCUCCUUUCUUUUGGGUAAUUUUAAGUUUAUGUUUUGUGUGGCGAAUUGAUAAUGUGUGAAUCUGUUAUUGUUUGAUUUCGUGAUGUUUGAAUUAUGAAUAUUUGUUGAUGUUGAAUUCGGAUUAUGAAAGUGAAUUGAUAAUCGAAGCAUGUGUUAA